CCUAAAAAGACAGGUGCCCCCAGGAAUUAUUUCACUUUGCACUACGUUAAUAUUUAUGCUCUAUGGGAGACAACUGUGGGAAGCCGAGCUAUAUUUCCAGCCGGACGAUCAACGCGUUGCGGGAGCUUAGGGCCACCGCACCCUUCAGCGCAUCCAAAGGACUGUGCCUUCCCGCCACCAGCGCGGGUCUCCGUCGGCAAACACCUCAAGCACGCGCUUCAGGAACGGGGCAACCGGCGGGAAGAGAGCCCGCGCGGGGAAGCAGCGGCGAGGCGCGAACUCCCAAGGCCGCCGAGCCCGCGCGCUGCCUCACGCACCUCCCGCCCCGCCCACCGCCGCGCGAGCCGAUAAACGGCCCCCGGUCGCCACCAGCGCCGAUCUGUCGGGGUCCGCCUCUCCCUCGGCCGCUCCCCGCCGCUUACCCGGCCCCGCGCACGAUACGUCGCCGCCGCUUCCGCCCCGGAUCCGCCUCUCUCCGUGUGCCCAUGCGCGUCCCGCCCGGCUCCGCCUCACCCGCGCCGCGCUCCGCCCUCCCGCCUGCGGAGCGAGGCGGAACGGCCGCUGGGUACCGGCUGAGGGCUCUGAGCGGCGGCGGCGGCUGCCGUCUCCUCCCCUCAGACACCACUAUGGCUGCUGCGGUGAACAUGGAGCUCGAUCCUAUUUUUCUGAAAGCCCUGGGCUUCUUGCGUUCCAAGAGCAAGGAUUCUGCAGAAAAGUUGAAAGCACUUCUUGAUGAGUCUUUGGCCAGAGGAGCUGAUUCAAGUUAUCGUCCAUCUCAGAAGGAAGUAGAGCAACCAAAAGUAUGUGUUACCAAACCUGUUUCUAGUAAGCAAGAUCCUAAAGCCUCUUCUAGUUUGCCUUCUGGUAACAACAAUGGCAAGCCUACUGCAUCAGAAAAGGUGAAAAAAGAAACAGAAAAGAGAUCUGCUGAUAAAAUAAAAGGGGAUGCUGCUGAAGGAGCUGAUGUGCCAAAGAAGCCCAGACUCGAGAAGCAAGAGGCUCGUUCCUCUCCAAUUACGGUUCAGACAAGUAAAGAUUUAUCCAUGCCUGAUUUAUCUAGCUUUGAGGAAACCAGUGCUGAUGACUUUGCUAUGGAAAUGGGUUUGGCCUGUGUUGUUUGCAGGCAAAUGACGGUUAUUUCUGGGAAUCAGCUUGUAGAGUGUCAGGAGUGCCAUAAUCUUUACCACCAGGAUUGCCAUAAACCUCAGGUGACAGACAAGGAAGUGAAUGAUCCUCGACUUGUAUGGUACUGUGCCCGCUGUACCAGACAGAUGAAGAGAAUGGCUCAGAAGACACAAAAACCACCUCAAAAACCAGCUCCAGCAGUGGUUUCAGUUGAACCAGCUGUGAAGGAUCCAUUGAUCAAGAAAUCUGAAAUUAAAUUGAAACCUGAGACCCAAACAACUUUUCUAGCAUUCAAGAGAACAGAAGUGAAGCCCUCAGCAGCAGUUUCGGGGAACUCAGCCAGUACAAGUGUUUCCUCUUCAGCAACCACCAGUGGCCUUACAGGAUGGGCUGCUUUUGCAGCCAGAAACUCCUCUGCCAAUCCAUCAACUGCCAAACUGGGAUCAACAGCACAGAGCACCAGUGGGAAACCUGCAGCAGCUUCAAAUAACCAGAAACCCGUGGGUCUGUCGGGGUUGGCAGCUUCCAAAACAGGACUAGGGUCAAAAAUAGCUUCUGCUAACAAUAGCACAAGCCCUGUUCAGCUGAAACCACCUCCACCUCUCACACUGGGAAAAACCACUCUUAGUCGUUCGGUAAGUAGCGACAAUGUUAGCAAAGUAGGUCUUCCUAGUCCCAGCAGCACUGCGCCAAGCACCAGCAGUCAGGUGAGCAGUGGGAAUGGCAACAGUGGGACUGCAGGUAACAGCGGGGGCAACGCAAGCAAAACCACAGCAGAUGCUGGUAAUCAGUCAGCUUCUCUGAAAGGCCCAACUUCACAGGAAUCUCAGCUCAAUGCAAUGAAGAGGCUACAAAUGGUCAAGAAGAAGGCUGCUCAGAAGAAACUCAAGAAGUAGUACAGCUGCUUGCUGAUCUUGCUGAUUGUGAUCUGUAAAAGAGCAGCAUUUAUCUUUUAAUUAAAGAAAAUCCCUGAGUUACUGGACUGAACCAGUAAUUAGGGAAGUCCCAAACCUAUGCUUUCCAGAGGUAAAUCUUAGGUAAUCCUACUAUUCCUUCUGACUUUAUAAAUCUGAAAACUCAAUAUGUUAGAAAAAUAUUCACUAUUACAUGCUGUUGGUUUUUAGCUCAAAGCAAUGGAAUGUGAAAUUGUAAGCAUUGGGAAUUUUGGUGUAUUUAAGAGAACAAUUUGUGGAUACAAAUUGAACUUAAGCUGUCAUCCUUCAGCAUUGUGAAUAAAAGUGUUAUUCUGGGAAAUUACUGCCACUUUCUUUCAUUCAGGUUUCUGAUCCUUAAAAUGCUUUAGCUUUUACAAGUUGUUUGUGUUGGGCAGUUAAUGGAGUUCUCUGCAUGUUGCACAAGUCAUAUGAGAAGUGGCCUAACUUGGUUUUCUGCACUAAGAAGUUUCUUUGUCACUUUCUAGUUGUUCUCUGAGGGAAAAGAGUAGAAAUGACCCCUAGACUGUGAAGAGUGGAAGAGAGCCAAAAUGGUGUUUUCAAUCUGUAAAGAACCUUAGGAUUGUCCUGUUGUAAUGUGAAUGGAUAAUUGUCCACCACGUAUUUAAUUGAAUGCGCAAUCUCAUUGAACUGUAUUGUUUUGAUGUGGAAGGAAAACUAGAAGAAAGUGAAGGGAAUUAUGUUACCUGUCAGGGUGUUGGCUCCCUCUGGUGCACCUGAAACAAAGUUUUGAUCACCUAGGUACUCCAUGCUGUGAGAUUUAGAAGUAUUGCAUGCUAGCCAUUUAUGUAUUUGCAAGUAUCUAAAAUAGCAAUAGGAGCUAUGUUGCAUUGAAGUACAUAAAAAAUAUUUCUAAUAGCAUAGACUUUAAAACACAGAAGAUGAUUCUGAGAUCUGAAUGUAUUCCUUUAGUCUUCUGUGAAAAUGAGCAUACUUUGCUUUCUUAAAGAAUAAGGAAAAAAAUUUAAGCUCUGAAUAGGAAGACUUUGUUAUACUGAGUGUUCCACACACCUUUCAUGGGAACUCCUGUAUCUGUCUCUAUUUUGUGGUGUUAUUUAAUGUCUCUCAAGAAUUGGAGAAGGAUUUUGAAUCUUGCUGUCUAUCAUCAGCCUGCAGCAAUCCCCUCUCCAUUCUGUUGAGGGGAGCAUCUCUAAACAUGAAAAUGUCUCAGUUUAGGAGGUACGUGAAAACUACAGCCUUUUAUGUGUUUGAAAUGUGGGAUGAGCAAAUCUGAUACAUGCAGCUACUUUCCUUCUUUUCCCCUCUCCGUUGUUCAGGUUUAAGCUAAGUUUUGUUAUUGAAUGUCUGAAUAGCUUCAUUUAUUCAGGAUUGCCUUAGCUACUUUGAGAAUUUCUUUUCUGCUGCAAUUAACAUUUCUUGUGCAGUGAAAAGGGAAAAACUUUGUCUUUGUAGUGCAUGCUUCUUCCAGGGCAAUUUAAAAGUAAGUGACAGUACUAGGAGGGAGAAUACAGAACCUUUAUUGCCCAUUUAUUAGCUAAUUGUUCUCACUCUCUAGCACAAAGGCUUUUAAUGUUGUUAUAGUAGGAAAAAAUACUGCAAUUAGAAGGCAUAUUUUCUUCUUAAAUACUAUUCUGAAAAAUGUUGCUCAUGUUAUGAAGUAGAGCAUUAAGCUAGAUUUCCUUUAAUGGUUGGAGUGCUACUAUGUGAAGUAUAAACUCUAAUAGUAUGAUUUGCUCCCACAGGAAGGUUCUGUGUCUUGUGUCCAAAUAAACAAUUUUGUUUGGGAGUUC